AUGUGUCGGCUUGGCCCCCUAACAGAUGCGCGCGCAGCAUACUCGGAUGACCCGAAGGAAGUCCCACCUAUCCUCCGGAUGGAUGCCCUUCACCGCUUGUACUGGCCGGUUCACGAAGACAUCUCAGAGGUCCAGGUCUUUGAUGAUCCAGAAGAAGAUGAGGAGGAUUCGCCAAAACGCCCUUUCUUGGACAUCCGUUCGCAAAAGAACCCGUCUCCAAUUACGGCCUGA